AUGCCUCGUCUGAGCCUACUCCCUGGUCUCUCCACAUAUCUGACAUCGCUUCUUCCCUUCGCAGGCUACGAGUGGAACCGCUCUUCGCCGCUGCGCUCUUCGCCCGACACAUCAUCCUCCAUGUACCCCGAUCGGCCCAUUCGCCCUCUGCCGGCUCGCUCCCUGCGCGCCCGCUUGUCCCCUGAGCAGGCCGAGACGAUAGUGUUCCCGCACAACCCCCCUACCGCCGGGCCGCUCUUCAACUACCCGCCGUACACAGCCGACGAGCGCGUCAGACCUCAUAGGACUGGGGCGAACGACCACCAUGCCUGUCACUGUGGCCACACUCAUUCUGAGGUUGAGAGCGAGGAGGAAGAGGACGACCGAAACGGACCGCUGCCCUCUUCUCCGAGCUAUCAGUACAGCAGGCACGCGACUGGCAAGCCCGUGGCGGGCGUGACUGGUGCCUAUCGCAAACCCGGUUCGCCUGCGUCUUCGGUAGACGGCUACGAGUCGUUUGAGAAUACCAACAACAAGAAGAAGCGCAAGAUUCCCAACAUGGGCAGCAAUGGGUCACAUCACGCGAGUCUCUCCGCAGAUCUGACUGGCAUGGGCGUCGCACCAGUUCACGAGGCAGGCGCCACGGACGACGGGGACAACAUUGCGCGUUACUAUGGCUCGGCGCCCUCGACACCGCAACACUCAACCAAUUCUGGAACAGGCAUCUCAGGCGCAGGUAGAGGGCGUUUCGGGCGAUCUGGCUCGGGACGGUCAGAGAGGCGAGUGUUGGCCAAUUCGACCAAUCUCGCCAACGCCAAAGCGAACAGCAAACGACCCCCGGAGCAAAGCGGCAUCAUCUCAACUGCCAUUGCCAACGCAAACGCGACCCCGCCACCCCCGGGCAACGAGAACGUGAGCCUCCUGCAGCAGGAAGCUGCCAAGCAUACCGCCAGCAAAACACAGUUUACUUUCACCUGCGGCUCCGACUCGGCCAACAAGAUGGUUUGGCCGGGCCAGGAAAACGGCCAGUAUCCCCAACCGCCUGGCGCAUACCCCAACGUCGCCUCUCCUUCUCCCCACCCUCAAGCUGCCCGUGCACGCCCUCCCGUCCGCCCAGAUGCCCCGAUGGUGUCUACGCAGGGCACCCAGACCAGUCCCAACAUGAAUGGAGCAGGCGCAUACCCUCCCCCGCCCCUUCCUAAUGGAACUGCACGACGUCCAACGGGACCUCCACCACCACAACAGGCCCCGCCGCCUCGAAAGCCGCGACGUAGUGCUUCCAAGCUGUACGAGUAUGCUGCCCGCAAGCGUCGCAUUCAGCAAGAGUACGCCAACUUCCACAACCCGCCCAGUCAGCCAUGGAUAUGCGAAUUCUGCGAGUACGAGGACAUAUUUGGUCACCCUCCCAUGGCUCUGAUCCGCCAAUAUGAGAUCAAGGAUAGGAAGGAGCGAAAGCGUCUGGCGGAAAAACGACGUCUGUUGGAGAAGGCCAGGAUGAAGGGGCGUAAGGGCAAGAAGGCGAGCAAGAAGGCACAGAACAACGCCAACAACGCUCAGCACAACCAAAAUCCUCCCCCUGGUGGCUACGACCGACGCGAUGAUGAUGGCUCUCUGGAUCCACAGGACGAGUACUACGAUGACGACUACGACGAACCAAUAGCUACUUGUCCACAUGGUUGCCAGCACCAUCCGCAUCCUCCCCAUCCACACCCGCAAAAUGUUCCUGGAUUGCCUCCUGGAGAUCCUCGGGUAGGAGGGCCGCCUGUUCCCAAUGGCACCUAA